AUGGAUGCCAGUGAGCUUCCCUAUGGGAUCCUAUUUCUGUUACAGAUUGUCUUUGGGUUCUCAGGAAAUUUGUUCCUCCUCCUGGUUUAUAUGUACGUGGUCUCCAUUACCCACAAGCUGAAUCCUCCAGACCUGAUUGUCGCCCAUCUGGCCCUGGCCAACACCAUGGCCCUUCUCAGCUGGGUGAUCCCUGACAUCCUGUCUGCUUGGGGGUUGAAUAAUUUUCUGAAUGAUGUUAGUUGUAAAAUUAUCUUAUACAUUAAUCGAGUGGCCCGGGGUCUUGCCAUCUGCAUGACCUGCCUCCUGAGUGUCUUCCAGGCAGUCACCAUCAGCCCUGGAACCUCCCAGUGGGAAGGCAUCAAAACCCAAUUCCCCAAGUGCACCCUCCCCUCCUGCCUCUUCUCCUGCAUCCUCAAUCUGCUGUCUGACAUGACUGCACCAGUGUUCAUCACGGGCCUCAGGAAUAGCACCAACAUGAACUCUGUCAUCCUGAAAUACUGCUCCUCCAUUAGUAUCAGUGCAGGCACAAACUUGUUCAAUACAGUGGUCCUCUCCCUCCGUGAUACAUUCUUCUUGGGACUCAUAAGUGUGGCCAGUGGCUACCUCCAUGGGCCCGGAUGCUCCCCCAAGGCAGUACCUGAGGUCAGAGCAGCAAAGAGAGUCAUUGCCCUGGUCACCCUCUACAUCCUACUCUAUGGACAGAACACAAUCACCCUGAGUUUUUUAUUAAAUAUGAGGAUAAAUUCCUCUCUCAUUCUUAAUAGCAACAACUUUAUGUCCUUCAUUUUUUCAGCUAGCAGUCCAAUUCUGAUGAUUCUCAGUGACAGGGGGCUGAGAAUGUUCUGGAAAAGAGAUUCUCAUAUUCCCAACUGGAAUCCCGCUUAG